AUGAUGCCAGCCUCGUCUUCAAUACAGUCCUAUUUCACGUCUUCUUCGUCGCCAACAAAAAAUAGCGAUGGCUUCACAGCGGCAGAAUUACAGUCUUCGCUGGAGGAAGCAGGAGCUACCCUUGCCAGCACAUGGACUCCAGUACUAGAGUAUGAAGAGGUCUCCCUUGGUGAUCUCGAGCCUGGUCCUCGCAACCUGCAACUCAUGGGCCGCGUCGUAAACUACUACGACACCGCCAAACCCAGCAAAUCACACAAAGCCGCUCAAGGCUGCCUGAAGAUUAUGCUAGCAGACGACACUGGUGUCCUUACCAUUCGUCUCUGGUAUGCCCACACCAUGUACAAGAUUCGGCUUGGUCAGCUACUUACGGUCUGGACGGUACACGUUAGCAACAGCUCUGACCACAAUUCGCUGGCGCCGAGCAGUGCGCCACUUUUUACUAGUCUAUUUCCUGAGGGUGAGAGAAAUUGUUUUGUCAUGUUACAUGAAAAUAGCGACGAUGGGACACAGUUUAGGCGGCCGUUUGGCUGUCGAGACUCGAAGGUGUUGGAAGGGCUGAUGACGUUGAAGGGGUUUACGGAUGGGGGGUAUGAUGUGGAAGAGCCAAAGGUGUUGGUGUGUGUCAAGAGCAUUGGGGCGAAGAAGAAGUAUCUAAACCGCAACGGCACAACCUCCACCGUACUCUCGCUGGGCAUUUUCGACAACACCGCCGAAGCAACUCUGAACUUGUACUCCUCCCUCUGCUCAUCCGCCUCGCAUCUCACACCCUCCCACUCCAUCCUCCUCAUCUCCAACCCCGGCUGGCGCAUCGACAAAACCGCAAAACUCUCCCUCAACGCAAACUCCCGCAUAGACAUCGACCCCAACCUCGGGGACGCCCGCCGUCUACGCGCCUUAGCACAGCGCUUAACCAAGAAGGAACAUGUCAAUCCGCCUUUUCCCAUUGCAGCAGAAGAGAUGAGGGAAAUUGUCAAGACGUUUGAGGGAGCGGCGCAACGCCCGCUGUUUACGCUGGCAGAUGUCGAUGACUUUGCACGCUCGAAUCCGCGAGAGAGAAUAGUCGGCUACCUCAGCGUCAUCAUCACUCAACUCAACAUCGUCACGCCGUUCAAGCGUAACAUGCUCAUGAGCAAUGAAUGCUGCGGAAUCCCCAUCUUCGACAACGCCGUGCAGGCAACAUGUAAGCAGUGUGAAAGGGAUAUUGAGCUGGGGAUCAAUCCCCGCAUUCUCGGCCCCCUUCUCGACGAAACCGCAACCCUCAGCCCAGGCAAACUCAUCCUCUCCCCAACCGCCUGGUCCCAGCUCCUCGGCCGCACUCCCGCCCAACUCGUAGCCACUGACAUCCCCCGUCUGCGCUACCUCGAACAGCGUGUUUUGUUCUUGCGCGUGAGCUUGGGGUUCGUGUUGGAUUUGGGGGGUGAGGAGAUUGCGCGGUUGGCGGUUUGGGGGGUGGGGUGUUGA